AUGACCACCCACCCUCCAUUCGAAAGCCACCCAGCUGGCCAACUGAGCUGCACAUCAAGGCGGGAAACGUCACUCCGGCCAGAGCCACUGCGAACUACCCAUAACUGCCUGCAAUCCCCCCAACCCAAGCUCGAGUUGCCACCGCCAUAUAAUCACAUCCAUCUCACCUACACCCUCUUGACAUUCAAAGCCAUGCUCCGCCUCUCCAUCGCCAGAGCCGCUCAAGCUAGCAGACUUCCUGCUUACAGAUCCUUCUCCAUUGCUGCUGCCAGAAUGGGCGAAGGUGAUACCGGUGCUGUCCGCCCAGGCGGCGUCCAAUCUGGUGACGCCUGGACCAAGAAGGAGUCCGCACAGGAGAACAUGUUCAUCAGGCAACAGGAGAUUGAAAAGCUCCGUGCCCUCAAGGAGAAGUUGAAGCAGCAGCGCAAGCACCUUGACGAGCUUGAUGCCCACAUUGACGAGCUCACCAAGCAGCAAGGCGGUGAACAUCACUAAGAUAGACCAUGCUCCAUUUUUAGCAAUGAGCCUCGAAAUCGAGUUGGUAUAAAACCUUGGUGGCUACUUUUCAUGCAUCUCCACUCUUAGCCAUUGAUGAAUGUUUGUUAUGGUAUAAAGCGUAACGCUAAGAAGAGACAAAGAAAAAUUAAUUGCUUGGAUUUUCCAGGGCGAUGUGUAUAUAGCCUAUGUGCAUCUUGUCUAAAUACAGCCAGAACAGAUAUAAAUCUAGCAUCCUGUUUAGUAGCGGG